CUCACUCUCCCUCUGUCACACCCACAGCAGGUACAUUGUCACUGAUAGCAUAAGUUAGCCUUAGUGUGCUUUUGGGCUGCGCCUUUAUAAGUCUGCGCCUUUUAAGAUCCAGCACAGACUAGUAGACUGCCUCAGGCCCUCAGGUAUAGGAUUCUUCAUCAGUCUUCUGGGUUACUUAUUGGCCUGCUCUCCCUACCUGCUGUCAGCCUGCUCGGCUGCCUGGCUCAUCUCCUGGCCCAUCAUAAAACACCAGACACCUGCAGACUGACAGAAGAGACUGGAAUCUGAGCUAACUGGACUAGAGGUAAUCAUCACCACAAGUCUACCUUACACCUGUUGGGGUCCUGUAUUGUCUACACUCAGCACCAGUCUCAGCCCUGCCUGAGACCACCCAGAGGCCAGCACACCUUGGCCCAGGAGGCAGCAGCCAUGUCGAGUCCAGGGGAGAGUCUAUCAUCAGAGGGCAGCAGCCCAUUGUUUCCAUCCCGCCUAGGUCUGCCUGAAAGCCCCUUGGGAGACAGGACAGGUGCAGAAGCUGGUAUGGCCUGGGAGAUGGAGGACACCAAGCCCUGCAUGGAGGCUCUUGAGCAUCGCGGCCUUCCGGGCCUCCACCUGUCCUGCUUCGACAUGCUCUUCACCGAGGACUCCACCUGGCUGGUGAAGGUGACCGAGGCUUCCUCGGGUCAGGCUUGUCCCGUGCCUCUUCCCAUAACCAGGACCGAGCACCGUGAGGAGCCAGAGCAGUGCCCCGUCAUCGACAGCCAGGCCCUGGGGCUCUCACCGGGGCUGGAGGGCCAGGAGGAGGAGCGAUCCCUGGAGCAGGUCCAAAGCAUGGUGGUCGGGGAGGUGCUGAAGGACAUCGAGACGGCCUGCAAGCUGCUCAACAUCAUCCCAGACCCCAUAGAGUGGAGCUCGGGGAACGUCCAGAAGUGGUUGUUGUGGACAGAGCACCUGUAUAGACUGCCUCAGGCCGGCAAGGCAUUCCAGGAGCUCACUGGAAAAGACCUGUGUGCCAUGAGUGAAGAGGACUUCAGGCAGAGGUCCCCUCAGUGUGGAGACACCCUGCACGCCCACCUGGACAUCUGGAAGUCAGCUGCCUGGAUGAAAGAGAGAUGUUCCGUUGGAGACAGCAAAAUCACAGGCGGAGAGGAGCUGUGGUUGGAGGCAGACUCGUCAUGCUCAGGCCAGCCCAUCCACUUGUGGCAGUUCCUCAGAGAGCUGCUCCUCAAACCCCACAACUACGGACGCUGUAUCCGCUGGCUCAACAAGGAGAAAGGUAUUUUCAAAAUCGAGGACUCGGCUCACGUGGCGAGACUCUGGGGACUGAGGAAGAACCGUCCAGCGAUGAACUACGACAAGCUGAGCCGCUCCAUACGGCAGUACUACAAGAAGGGCAUCAUCCGCAAGCCUGAUGUCUCCCAGAGACUGGUCUAUCAGUUUGUCCACCCAGUAUGAGGGGACGGAGGAGGACAGAGGUCUCCAAGGAAAGGGCCACACGAUCACACCUUGCACUUGUACAUUACACCAACGCCAAGCUGAAAAGGGGUGAAACUAACAAGCAUGCACUGACCAACCCCUGUAAGUACACAUAGCCUUUGCCAGCCUUUGCCAGUAAGUGUCAGCAGUCAAAGUUGGCAAAUGAAUAUUUCGCUUUUUUUUAAUGCAGAGAAGAAACUUGAGACUAAAAUGAAAGUGCUUUUUCUCCGGGCUGAUUCCUCUUCAGAACCACAAAACAACAAAGAAAGAAAAAGAAAAAAAACUUUUGAACUGCCUUUUUCGUUUGCACGAUCUGCCUGUCCUUUUCCCUAUUAUAUCAUUUAAUCAAUAACCCGUAUCUUAAAACACCGGAAGACAACAUUUGAUUGAUUGAUUGGCAUCAAACAUAAGGAAGAGAAAUUGCCAUUGCCCACAGUUAUACAUUAUGUACCUGCUGUGUCCCUGUGUGUAGGACGAAGAACAGUCUGCGUGUGCUUGUUUAUCAGAGCCUGUUCUACUCAUUCCUCUGGGAAUGUGGUUAGGAGUUUUGCUUCGGCUAUAGGGUUCAGCUCUGGCUUUUGGCUGUCACCCAGAGAGGCAAACAGCUCACUCUUUCUUUUUUUUCAUGAUUCACAUGGCACACUUCCGAACUCUCCCGAAAGGCUUUUACAAUAGAGCAUUUCGCUGAACCCGAAUGGGAGUGCAGCAACAACCCCCUCAUAAUAAACUCAUGCAGUCAAAGUCUGUAACUGACUGGUAAAAGCCGUUGGUUUUCCACCCUGCCGUAGAAAACAUCUAGAAAGCACCAGACCACUGUAUAUUACCAUAUAUGUCAUAUGCUCUGUACCUUUUGCUUGCGUUUAAUUGUAAUAGCAUUUAUUUGAAAUGUAACCAAAAAAAUAUAGAUAGGAAUAUCUACAUCAAAAACUGUAUCCUCCACCAUCUUUACCAUUGCAAUACAGGUUCAAUUCUUGAAAACAAGCAGCAUCACUAAUCUCAUAAUUGAUCAUUACCAAUUCUGUUGAAUUCUAUGAAGUAUACAAUAAAAAAAAUGUGGGUUCCUCGAGGGGUUUUUGGUAAGGGUGCUGGUUCUAUGUGGAACCAUAAUGACCCAAAGAACCCUUGGAGCCCUUCAAUGGUUCUUUGAGGUUCAAAAAAAUGACAUGUAGCAGCAGCAGCUCAUUCAAAUACUUUGGGACUUGGCUUGCUCACAGCUCUUUCUGUGCAACCGUGAGUGACUGUCCUUCCAUUUGAUCUAAUCUGUUGUGUUACGCUAUUUAUUACAUGUUAUGUAUGAUUAUGGUCAGUGACAGUGUCUUGUGAAAGACUCACGUAUGGCCUUGUGUCAAUUGAGAAUGGUUGACUAAGUCAGUAGUUCUCAAUUCUCUCCUCAGGGACCCCCAGCCGUUCCAGAACUACCACACCUGAUUGAACUUGUUAAUAAACACAAUAAUAAAAACUAUUGCAUUUUAACCGUAUAUUAUGGCUUUUAAUCCAGAAUAAAAACUCAUGUAUGUUUCUACAAAGAACCACUGAGAUUGAGAAAGGUUCUUUAUUGAAGCAGUCUCCGUGAAGGUUCUACAUCGAAACCAUAAAAAAAAAGGGUUCUAUAUUGCCCCAAAAAGGGAUGUAAUCAUAGCGGAACCCUUUUUUGGUGCUAUAUAGAAUCUUUUUUAUGCUUCUUUAUAAAACAUUAGGAACGAGUUCUUUAGAGCACCAUACAGGCUCCAUUUAGAACCUUAUGAGCAUGGUUUUUAUAGAAGAAAAGUUCCACAUAUAAACGGGUUGGCUGACAACUUCACGGAAAUAAUGAGCUCGCAUCGAUGAGGUAGAUGGCCGUGUGGUGUUAUGAUUUUGAACAGUCAGCUACCAACAAUGACAAGAAGCUGCAAUGUGGGGAAUCGUAGGUGGCUCACUUCGGCUCGUGUCUUGUUGUUCCCAUGUAUUAUUACGAUCUCAAGCACAUUCUUGGUAACCUGCAUAGUUCCAGCUAGCUGGAUAUAUUCGUCUGAGCAUACAAUCCAGUCUAAACUAAAGCCUCAUUCACACCUUGUGCUAUCUAACAUGAGGCUUUCAUCAUCUGAUCAAGAUGAUUCCAUCACUAUCUGAUUAAGGUCUGUUAAGUCUGCAAAUGGUAAUAAAAUGUAUCUCUUAUACAGGGGGACAACUUUGGUUUUAGAAGUGGGUGGGACAUAAUCUGGUGGGGGGUCUGGAGGUCCUCCCUCAGAAUUUAUGGACAUCUUAAACUCAUUUCCUGCAUUUCCACAAAAUCGAAUAUUGAAAAUAAGAAUAGAAUAUGUUUCUAAAUACUUCUACAUGAAUGUGGAUGCUACCAUGAUUAUGAAUAAUCCUGAAUAAAUUGUGAAUAAUGAUGAGUGAGAAAGUUAUAGAUGCACAAAUGUCAAAAUGCUAACCUCCCCUGUUAUUGUAAUGGCGAGAGGUCUCCUGCUGAGACCCCUGUCAUCCAUUCACUGAUUGUUAUAAUACACUGCAAAAUUCACCUGAGCUCUGUAGACUGCUCUUCCCUGGCUGUCUGACCCUGAUCCAACAGCUGUCACCAUCUGAUCCUGCUAAGAGAUGAUGAGCAUAGUGUUGUGUGCUGACUGUGCAUUGUGACUGUGAAGCCUACAGAGCUGUUUAUACCGUGUCAGUGUGAAAAGUAGGGAGUUAGCUAGGGAAACUGACAGAUCAAUGCUAUACUGACUGUGAUUGGGGCCAAAAUGACAUCUAACUUUAGCCAACUUUUGACUAGCUCCAAUGGUACAUUAACUGGCAUAAACGAGCCAAGUUAAUUUACUUCUGUUGACCAAACAAAGGCUACAAAACAUUUCCAUACACACAACAGCUGUUAGAUACUGUUACCUGACAGAUAGCUAGAGGCUAGAGCUGAACUGACUGUGGUACACUAGCUGGCUAGCUAGUUAAUUCAUUUCAAACAACUAGAGGGGAUGAAACAUUAUCUAACAUGUCAGUUGCACUACUAGCUCAGCGCUGGGAAUAUUUUUUUCUUCUGUUGAGUCAAACAGCUGUUAGCUGGCCAGUUAUAUCAGUCAAAUAAAGAGAAGCCAGUUUCUGAUGUGCUUGCUUUUGCAACUUAAAGAAAAAGCACAGUACAUACAGACAACAGCUACCCCAGUUCACACUCUCUGUGGUGUCUGCACGGUCCUAAAUCCAGCCGGCUGAAACCACUGAAAUCACCUACCCGACCUCUCUGUGGCGUCCGCAUGGUCCUAAAGCACACCUAUGCCGCUUUUUGUAACACAAUGCAGUGAUAAAACUGGGGAAUGUAGGAGGGGUCAUGCCCCCCCAUCCCCCGUCCGUCCGUACCCAGUGAAAGUUGCACCCCUGCUCUUAUCUGUCAACCUAAUCUGCACUGUGAUCAGAUUUUCUGGUCCAUCCCUGUAUGCAAAUUAUUUGGCAGACGUAAGACAGUUAUUGAUGCCAUUAGUCAAUGGUGUUACCUGUCCAUGAUUUUACAGGGCGGAAUAAUUAUGAUUUAAAUCCAGGUCUGUUUACAGAGACAAUGGGUCCCUGACUACUUCCGGAGAUGGUCAGGAAGAUUGGAUCACAAUCAGAACACAGUGUUUUAGUAAUCUACCCGUGUCUAAACAUGUGGAUCAGAAGGUGGACAAGAUCAGAACACAGGACAUAUUUUAGCACCAGGUAUAAACAAGACUUAAAUGAGAAACAUUAAAACACUGAUUGCGACCAAAGAUUCCCUUUGCACAUGAUAUUUGUAAGAUGAUGUGAAGUGCCUUCAGAAAGUAUUCAUACAACUUGACUUACUUCAAAAAUCUAUUUAACAUUGACAAUACCCCAUAUUUACAAAGUGAAAACAUGUUUAAAGAUUUUUUUUGCAAAUUUAUUGAGAAUGAAAUACAGAAAAAUCUAAUUUACGUACGUAUUCACAUCUCUGAGUCAAUACAGUGCCUUCGGAAAAGUAUUCAGACCCCUUGACAUUUUCCACAUUUU